AUGCACGCCGGGGUACAAUUAACAUUAGCCACCCUCCGACAAAGAUACUGGGUUCUUCGAGCGCGCGCGAUAGUCAAAGGCGUCAUUCACGAGUGCGUCCCGUGUACGCGGGAAAGAGCAGCUAUCCCGAAUCAACUUAUGGGGCCCCUGCCACCCGCUCGAGUCACGGCGCCCACUAAAGCAUUUAGCCAUUGCGGCGUAGAUUAUGCCGGCCCCGUUCAAACUCGAACCGCACCCGGCCGUGGAAUCAAAUCCCGAAAAGGCUACAUCGCUCUUUUCAUUUGUCUCGCGUCCCGAGCAAUUCACCUGGAGCUCGUCAGCGAUUACUCGACUCAGGCUUUUCUUCUCGCAUUUACUAGAUUCUGCUCGCGGCGCGGACUGCCGUGCACGAUGUAUUCCGACAACGGAACGACAUUUGCCGGCGCCGACAAAGAGUUACGCAACGCCUAUCAAGCCGCGCUAUCGGAUAAUGACUUCCAAAAUCGCACCGCUUCUGACGGCAUUCUCUGGAAGUUUAUUCCGCCGCACGCGCCUCAUUUCGGUGGGUUGUGGGAGUCGGACGUGCGAAGCGUCAAGCAUCAUAUUCGACACGUUCUCGGAUCUCACUUCCUCACCUUCGAAGAGUUCACAACCUUGCUCUCCCGAAUCGAAGCUUGUUUAAAUUCCCGGCCCUUGGAGCCGCUUACGGACACGCUCGAUGAUUUCGAGCCACUUACUCCAGGCCAUUUCUUAAUCGGCUCGGCGAUCACGAUGCCGCCCGAGCCCUCGCUGUUGCACAUCAACGAGAAUCGACUCUCUCGAUGGCAACUAAUUCGGCAGAUAACAGAAACCUUCUGGCAAUUAUGGCAAUCAGAUUAUGUUAAUACGCUCCAACAGCGAAGUAAAUGGUGCCGCGAGAAAAAGGGAAUCAAGGUAGGCGCGAUGGUACUCCUCCGAAAUCCGCUACUCCCCCCGUGCAAGUGGGAACUCGGACGCGUAACCCGGUGUCAUCCGGGCCCUGACGGUUUGGUAGGCGUGGUGUCCGUAAAAACCGCACAAUCGGAGUUCAAGCGACCAAUCGUAAAAUUAUGCGUUUUACCGUUCGCUGAACCCUCUGCACAAACCGAGCAACCAAACAAGACGACAUCCCAGGAGAUUCCGUUGCGCCAGUAA